AUGGAGACCUGGCGGAAAGGCUCCUUCCGCAACACUUCCUUCUUCAAGCGCCUGAGCCUGGGGCGGCCGCGACGGCUCCGGCGACAGGGCAGCGUGCUUAGCCAGGCCAGCACGGCUGGUGGUGACCAUGAGGAGUACAGCAACCGAGAAGUCAUCCGGGAGCUGCGAGGGAGGCCAGAUGGCCGGCGCCUGCCACUCUGGGGGGACGAGCAGCCCCGGACCACACUGCUGGCCCCCCCGAAGCCCCCGCGCCUCUACCGAGAGAGCUCCAGCUGCCCCAACAUCCUGGAGCCCACACCUGCCUACACUGCUGCCUACUCAGCCACCCUGCCCUCGGCGCUCUCCCUGGGGGGCGCCCUCCCCCAAUAUUCAGAGGAGGACCUUUUGGACACUCGCUCCUUCCAGAGGAUACCUGCUCCUGACCUCAAUGAUCCCUUCUUCUCCUUCAAAGUGGACCUGGGGAUUUCACUUCUUGAGGAAGUUCUACAGAUACUGAGGGAACAAUUUCCCAGUGAGCCCAGCUUCUGA